AUGCUAGCUUAUGGUAGCAUUGCUGAUUCAUUGGAUGAGUAUCUUCAGAUGGGUGAGAGCACUGUAUUGGAGACAUUGAAGUGUUUUGUCAGAACAAUAGUAAAUGUUUUCGGGGAAGAAUGGAUUAGGCCACCAACAGAACUGGAGUUACAGCAUAUACUAAAGGUUAAUGAGGCAAGAGGAUUUCCUAGAAUGGUUGGCAGCAUAGACUGUAUACAUUGGGAGUGGUCUAGUUGCUCCACUGCUUUGCACGGGAUGUACAAGGGCCACAAAGGGAAGCCAACUAUGAUUCUAGAGGCUGUGGUGACUGAGGACCUCAGGUUUUGGCAUGCAUACUUUGGAUUACCUGGAUCCUAUAAUGAUAUUAAUGUGCUGCAGCGAUCAUCGGUCUUUGAUGAUUUAGCUAAUGGCAGAGCACCUCCGGUUGAGUUCAAUGUGAAUGGCAACAUUUACAAUAUUGGUUAUUACCUAGCUGAUGGGAUAUAUCCAGAUUGGGCUACCUUAAUCAAGACAAUUAGUGCACCCAUAAGUAACAAGCACAAGGUGUAUGCAGAGCGACAGGAGGCAUCUAGGAAGGAUGUGGAGCGUGGUUUCGGUGUUCUUCAGGCUAGGUGGAAGAUUUUGCACUCCCCUGCUAGGUUGUGGCACCAAGAAGAUCUAAAUUAUAUUAUGAGGGCUUGCAUCAUCUUACGUAACAUGAUCGUCAUGGAUGAGAAAGGUGUGGAUCUUCCUACAAUUCAUUCAUCAGAGUGGCCUGGUAGGGAGAACCCUCCUGUCUGUAAUAUUGCAGAUUUUAUAGAUGCUCAAACUUAUAUCCGAAACAAAGAAACUUGCCACCAUCUUCGUUCUGACCUUGUCGAGCAUAUAUGGGGAUUGUACGGUUCAGGCACUGGACCUUUUGCUCGAAAGGGAAGCAUAUGA